AUGCCGAACCUUUUGGCGACUGCUUCACAAGUUGCGAAUUCUUUAUCGAAUUUAAAAGCGAAAUAUAUAAAAUAUCUGGAAACAUUAUGUUCUGCAAAUGGAAUCGAUAUUUCCACUUUGAAAACGGAAGGAGACUCUCACAAAAUACUGGAAAUGUAUUUUGGAGGGCUUCCAGUUCUUGUUGGUCUCAAAUAUUUCUCUCAUUUAUCAACUCUCCGACUCUUCGGGCAACAAAUUACUUGUCUGAAACCACUUGGAGAAGUUGCUCCGACUCUUGAAGAGCUAUGGGUUUGUGAGGGAGCUGUGAAGGAUUUGGCUGGAAUUGAUCAUUGUGUUCGACUCAAAAAGUUGUUUUUAUAUGAUAACUCGAUUGAAGAUGCCACGUGUCUAUCUGCUCUUACUAACCUACAGUAUCUCAGUUUGGCAAGCAACAAGCUGAAAAGUCUUACGUUUAUUCGAGAUCUAAAAGAUUUGACUAAUCUCUCCCUUGCUGACAAUAAAAUGAAGGAUUCUGUAAUGGCCACUGCAAUCUGGCCUGAAAACAUCCAACACCUAGAUUUAUCUGCCAAUUAUUUCUCUUCAAACCGUGCUCUUUUUCCCUUGACAAUGCUCUCAUCGCUUCGAUCCCUUAAUAUUGAUCCAGUAACAUCUCAAUCUCAUGUUGCUCCUAAUCUAUUCUUCGCCUGGAUUGCUCAUUCAUUCCGGUUCAUUGAAUCAAUAGACGAUGACCCCAUCACUGAAUCAUUUGUCUCUACCUUUCGUCCCAUGAUUGAUACAAUCUUCGCGGAGAAAUUGGCGAAACUAGCAAAAGCAGAUGAGAAAUAUCAUAAAGAUUUGAGAAUGGUUGAGAAACAUUCUGGGAAGAUUGAGAAUCGUUUGGCAUGUCUAGCUGAAGCAUUGACGGUUUACAAGGAUGCAAUGCAGACGAAAGAUGCGAAAAAGGAGAUAGUAAAGAGGGUUCAUGAGAUAUGUGUGAACAAUUCGAAAGCUGUAAAAAAUAUUAAAAAACGUCUGUUUAUUCUGGAGAAGGAUUCAACCGAGAAGCUUUUUGAUUUGAGAACUAUAUUCAAUUUACUUGAUAGAUUCACGAGAAAAGACUACACUAAGCAUCCAGUUCGACUUGCCAGAGACUUUGAAGUUAUCAAAAAACAAGCAAAAGAGAAAACGACGAUCUUCUUUAUCCCACUGGUCCUCUCGAAAACAGCAACUUCUCGGGGGGCUUCGAAAUUCAUUGAUGAAGAUGGAAUGUCUUCUUCGAAUGAUAAUUUGAGUUGGCCUGAUAUUAGUUUGGUGGCUGUUUUGGCUGUGGAAAUACAACCGAUCGGGCAGUUGACAACGGAUCAAUUGAGACAUAUGGAUCUAUUUGAAGAAUCUUAUAAUGAGCAAUUGAAGAAGUUGAAUGAGAUGAAUAUCAAGUUGGAUGUGAAAGAAGAGAGACAUCGGAGAAUUGAUGAACCUGCUGAAACUUCGAUUGAAGCAGUCAGUAAUCAACAAUCCAAAAUUCGAAAAGUGUCCGAUGUCCUUGCAAAUAUUAGUAAUCUCACUGGAAGAGCAUGUGAUGAGAAGCUACCAUUCGAUUGGUUUACGAUCAGGAAUCCUCUGGAGAUUGCCCUAGCUUACUUUGAUUUCAAGCCAAUUAAGGAGAUUAGUGAUAUGAUGAUGAGACUCACUGCUCUGGAACUUUGUGAUCAGAAACUAACAAAACUCGCUGGAAUCCAGGAACUUGUCAGCCUACAGUACCUGUCACUCCGCAAGAAUAAGCUGUCUUCUUUGAAAAAACUGAACCGAUUGCCUUGUCUGAAACUUCUCGACGCCUCAUUCAAUCACAUUGCAAAACUGGAACAAUUACCAAGCUCUCUGCUUCAUCUCGACUUGAGUCACAAUAGGUUACAGACAUUAAAUUUUUGUCAAAGUUUGGGAAAUGCCCGACAUCUCCGUGUACACAGAAACCAGAUCAAAUCAAUGAAAGGUGUGGAAUCUUGUGUUCAACUGGAGACUUUGUUUAUUAAUGAUAAUCUUUUGAAGGACAAGAACGAGUUGGAGUUACUAAAGACAAUGCCAAAACUGACUCACUUGGAUAUGUCAUCAAAUCCGUUGAGUGCAGCAGAAGGAUACAGGUCGAGAGUUAUGCAAGCGGCUCAUUAUUUGAUAUCACUGGAUAGACAAAUCAUUCCUUUGGAAGAACGACACGUAAACACUAUGAAACAAACUACAAGAGGAUUGAGUUUGGAGCUGAUUGAAAGAAUACUCUCCCAUAUUCGACUGAUUGAUCUUUCCAAAAACCGAUUAUCAAGUGUCCGAGAAAUCAGUUCUUUCAACAUCACUCAUCUGAUUCUAAAUAAUAAUUGUUUGAAAACAAUUGCAAUCACAGAUGGACAAUCUAUUCCACCUUUUCCUUGCUUGGAAAACCUGGAUAUUUCAAAUAAUUCUAUCAAUAAUACAACGAUACUUCGUCUUGGAAUCCCGCUACUUUUAAAACUAAAAUUCAUCAAUUUAUCAUCAAAUGCAUUGUCAAGAUUUGACUGCACUUUGUUCGAUACUCCGAAUCUUGAAUCAAUCGACUUGAGUAACAACUCAAUAAAAACAAUAAUCCGUCGACCACUCCGUGCCCUCACGUCUCUCAAUCUUCAGAAUAACAAACUGACAACACUCACUCCGUUGUCUUGUUCUAACCUGAUUUCUCUCGACAUUUCAAACAAUAAACUAGCUUCAUGUGCAUCUCUGAAACCUCUUUGUGAAUUUAAAUCUCUGGAAACAUUGGAUUGUAGAAAUAACUCUGUGACAGAACGGAGAGUUUAUGUAGAUUUUAUAAAAGCAAACGUGCCAUCAGUGAAGAGAUUGGAUGACGAACAGAUGAGUAAUGAGAUUGAAAUCACAAAAAGAAGACUCUCCCGAGCGAAUGAUUUGAUAUCGAUGAGUAGAAGGAGCAGCAUGGUCACUUCAUCAAUGCUAUCUUGGUUUGAGAGAGAAGAAGGAGAAACGUUGGAUAACGUGAAACGAGCAUCCAGUUUCUUGGAGCCCAGUGCCGCAGAACCACCAUUGAGACCUCGUAGACUGGAACCAUUACCAGGCAGACGGAAGGCGAAUAGUGAGAGUAAUGGAUUAAUGUUAUUGGGAACAAAAAGACCUUCAUACCUUCAACAAGAUGCCAUCUACUGCAUUCUCCCACAACAGACGAGAGAGUACACUAAAAGAAGAGACGCAGACAACUACGCGUCGGAGUCUCGUUGCCCGAACACAGAGAGUUUAUUGACUUUCCUACUGCUUUUUCGAGCUCUUUUUCGCGGAGCUCGUGUUGAGAGCUUCCACAUUUCACUGUGA